GGAGACACCGGUGACUCCGUACCAGCAGUUGGGGCUCAGAGAAGCUCUCCCUGAGCAGGAGCCAUGGCAUGGCCACCCCUCUACUGGCUCUGCAUGCUGGGGACCUUGGUAGGGCUCUUAGCUACCCCAGCCCCAAACAACUGUCCAGACAGACACUACUGGAUUGGGGCAGGACUCUGCUGCCAGAUGUGUGGGCCAGGGACAUUCCUUGUGAAGCACUGUGACCAGGACAGAGCCGCUGCUCAGUGUGAUCCGUGUAUACCAGGCACGUCCUUCUCCCCAGACUACCACACCCGGCCCCACUGCGAGAGCUGCAGGCACUGUAACUCUGGUUUUCUCAUCCGCAACUGCACGGUCACUGCCAAUGCUGAGUGCACCUGUUCCAAGGGCUGGCAGUGCAGGGACCAGGAAUGUACGGAGUGUGACCCUCCUCUAAACCCUGCACUGACUAGCCAGCCCUCCGAGGCCCCCAGCCCACAGCUGCCACCACCCACCCACUUACCUUAUGCCACAGAGAAGCCAUCCUGGCCCCCACAAAGGCAGCUUCCCGACUCAACUGUUUAUAGUCGCCUGCCAUCCCAAAGACCCCUGUGCAGCUCCGACUGUAUCCGGAUCUUUGUGACCUUCUCCAGCAUGCUUCUUGUCUUCGUCCUGGGUGGGAUCUUGUUCUUCCGUCAAAGAAGAAAUCACGGGCCAAAUGAAGAUAGCCAGGCAGUACCUGAAGAGCUUUGUCCUUACAGCUGCCCCAGGGAGGAGGAGGGCAGCGUCAUCCCUAUCCAGGAAGACUACCGGAAACCUGAGCCUGCUUCCUACCCUUGAUCCGGUGCUGGGGGGUCAGAGCGGGGCGGCUUUCCACUGAGGCAGCAUCCAGAGAACUCUGGCUCCUGCCCUACCAUCCUCAUCAGAACAGUUUCCUGUGUAUACUCGACGGAUUGCCCUUCUGAGACCGACAGGGACAAGAGCAGGAGCCCAGUGUAUGGGGGAGACUCAGGCUCUAGCUGUAAACCAGCUACUCUAAAUGAAGCCUUCCAGCUGGCAAAGCCACUUGCUGGGGGGCAGUGAGGAGCACAGAGUGUUGUUCUUCCAGAGGACCAGAGUUUGAUUCCCAGCACUGUCAGAUGGACCAAAACCAGCCGUAACUCUAGAUUCAGAGGAUCUGACACCUUUGACCUCCUCCAGCACACAUGCGCACGCGCACACACACACACACUGGACACACACACAACACACACACACACACUGGACACACACACAACACACACACACACACUGGACAUACACACUAGACACACACACAACAUACACACACAGGACACACACACACUGGACACACACACACUGAACACACACACAGGACACACACACACACACACACACACACACACACACACACACACGAUUUAAAAAAAAAAGAUGUGACGAGCCACCAGAAGGACUAACUGCCACGAGAGACACUAUCUACAGACACACAGACUUCCUGGCUUUGGUCUGUCCUCUCUGUAAGUUGUGACAGUGCUGUGGGAAAGCUGAAACUGAGACUUUCUCUCAGUUGAGCUAAAACUAUAAAUAAAAUUCAUUUUUCUAUA